CUCCUUUAGCUUUCUUCUCCAACACCUCAAAGCCAUUUAUAAUCCAAACCUUCUUUCAAACAAAAUUAUCUCUUUCGCAAUCCGGCCCGGUUCGAUUCUCCCAAUCUCGAAACGGGUCGACCCGGUUUCCGCCAUUGUCGUCUCCAAUGGAGUUUCAUGCUGCUCACCAUCUCCGGUGAUCAAUAUCUCGAUAUAAGAUCUCAUCACAAAAUUAAACCCCGAUACGUUCACAAAAGAACAAUUUUCUCCAAAAUAAAAAUGGAUACAUUUUCGGGCCGGAAAAUAUUCCACCCAGCGCCGCCACCGCCGCCGCCGCCGCACUCCUCCCACGCCAGCUUCCCCAUCAUAGCAGUCGCCAUCAUCGGAAUCAUCGCCACCGGCUUCCUCCUCGUCGGCUACUACGUCUUCGUGAUCAAGUGCUGCUUGAACUGGCACAGGAUCGACCUUCUCCGGCGGUUCUCCUUCUCCAGACGGCGGCGCGUCGACGCCACCUCCCCAACCGCUCGUUCUCCGGCGGCCGCCGCCGCGAACCGGGGCCUCACCGAAUCCGCCAUUCGAUCCAUACCCGUAUUCAAAUUCAAAAAAAAAGCUGCUUCAAUCAUUAACAACAACAACAAUAAUGCAGCAAUAAUCAAGACAAACUGCGAUAUCGAUUGCGCCGUGUGUCUGAACGAAUUUCAAGAAGACGAAAAGCUCCGAAUAAUCCCGAACUGCCGCCAUCUCUUCCACAUCGAUUGCAUCGACGUCUGGCUCCAAAACAACGCCAACUGCCCACUCUGCAGAACAAGCAUUUCAUCCAAUUAUACCAAUUACACUUUCCAAGAAAAUCAAGAUCCGAUUUUUACGAACGACGACGUGGUGAUCGAAAUCGGACGAGAAUCGUCGAGCCCGUCAUCUCGGCCCGUAAUACCCGAAAGAGAAAGAACGGGCUCAGACGGGCUUUUAACGAAUGCUAAUAAUAGUAUUGUUAUUAGUCAUUCGCCGAAGAUUUUAUCGAGAAAAAAAUCGAAAAAACUAAGCCAUGUUUGGAGCAUGGGAGACGAGUGGAUCGAUAAUCGGGAAAAAGACGAGCAAUUUGUGGUUAAUCAGCCAAUGAGGAGGUCUUUCUCGAUGGAUUCGGCAGCUGAUAAUCACCUUUACUUAGCCGUGCAAGAAAUAAUUAAGGGACAAUUAUUACAAGAUUUAAAUAAUUACCAAGUUAAUUAUCCUCCUAAUGAAGUAUGCAGCAGUAGCAGCAGCAGCAGAUCAAUUAAAAGAUCAUUCUUUUCUUUAAAGGGUUCAAGAUCAAGUGCAGUUCAACCGGUUACAAUAUUAGAGCCGUGAUUUUUUCUUUUUCCGGGGGGGCUAUGGCCCCCUGUUGUUCGUAUUGUAUACUGGCUCCGCCACUGUUUUAAGUCGUGUUUAAUUUUUUAGGUAUAUAGAAAUAUUGGUGAUAGAUUUGUUUAGUGACUAAAGGAUGGUUGUCAUCAUCUAGUAAAGUAGUGAAGAAAUUUGAAAUGUGCACUUUGGUGAGUUCUUAGUU